GCAGUCGGCACUCGACUCAGCAUUCUCAUUUCACAGUUGCCAAAGUUCGUUUGCCGCGACGCGUUGCAAGAUCUCUCGAUCGUCUCGGGCCCGAGUGUUUGUUUCUAGAAAUGUGCCACCAAAAAUCAACCAACUAAAUAGCAAAACAAAAAGGGAAAAAUGUGUGCAAAAGUAUUUUGUCUACUGCUGAUCUUUGCCUCUCAGGCUCUACUCAGGGGCAGCGAGGCCAAGCGUUUCUUUGGCGUUGGCCAGCGCAUUGAGGGGGAUCAGCUGCUCCUCAAGGAUGUCCAGCACUCGCGUCCUGCGGGCAUAAGCGAGCAGCCACGUGUGAUCUUCAACUACGAGAUACCCGAGCCCAUCACCUACAUUGAAAUCGUCUCAGAGGAAAACAUAUACGCAGAGGUGAAGUUCAGCUACACAGAUCAUCUGGUUGUGGGCAUGAUCAGCGUUUUGGGCACCAAACAGAGCCAUGAAGAUACGCUGCCCACGCCUGCCUUCGAUGUGACCAUUUUGAUAUUUGGCUUCAAUCACACCAUUUUGAAUGUCAAUCCAUCGCUGCUGAUCAAUCGCGAUCGACAGUUCGAAGGUGAGAUGCAGCCCUACGAGGACUAUGAAGAGGAUGAGGAUGAUGGCGAGUUCGGGCAGGUGAGCAAAGAGCUGACAGAGCUCUAUGAUAAUAUCAAGCGCGAUGCCCUGGAGGUGGAUAUCGAUGAGGAAGACGACGAAAUGGAAACAGAUACGGAGGGCCCAGGCUCUACCACCAGUUUGGAGUUUGAUAAUAUCGAUAAGGUCAUUGAAAUUGGUCACAGGCAGCCGGGUGAUCAAUUGGUGUACGAAACCUUUCAGACGUCCCCUAAUGAAUCCUCUGUGGAAACCAACCACACGGUGGUCUUCUACUACGUCGACAGCGAUUCCAUAACCUACGUGAAGUUUGUCAUCUUUGGGCAUUAUUCGGACAGAAGCAACACGGAUCCCAACUAUUUGCCACCUGUGGCAGAGUACAGCCAUUACUCCAGUUGCACUCUCAAGGCUGUCAUCACGGACUUUAGCACCGUCUCCCUGUUCGUUCAGAUGUUUGUCUACGGCUACAGGGCCCACGAGGCGCCAGAGACAUACGAGCCCUUUCUGCCGCCUCCCCACUGGCAGCGGCCUACGGAUGCGCCGCCACUGACACCACUGCAACGCAUGCAACUGCUGAUAAUGACGGGCAAGGCCACCACUGCCGCUGCACCGUCACACAUGUCCGAUGACGACGAGGAGGAAGAUGACCGAAAGAUGCAACCCGAGGAUAUGCACUUCACGAGGACACGUGCCGACGGUCAGACAGAGGAUGACAAGACGAAUGCGGCACUGCCGCAGCUCGAUCGUGGCAGCUGGGCGCUGAUGUGGCUGCUGCUGUUGAUCCUGCAGCGGCAGCAGCAGCAGUAGAACGGAGCAGAGAGGUGCGCAGGGGAGUUAUUAGUUAAACCAUUGAAAGCUUUAUGAGUAGACUUUAGUCGCAACAUUCUUUGUAUUGUAUUUUAUGAAAUAAACUUCUGGUCCAAGCCAAGCAAAAGUGCCCC